AACAGUUUUACAAUAUUUUUUAUAAAUUAAUAGUUAGAAAACAAAUUGAUAAUUUAAUAUUAAAUUACCAAUAAUGUCAACACAAAAAUUGCUUGGUAAAGUGUCUAUAAUAACCGGUGCCAGCUCUGGUAUCGGUGCGGCCACUGCCGUACAUUUCGGUUCACUUGGCAGUGAUCUAGCCAUUGUUGGCCGUAAUCGUUCAAAUCUACAAACGGUACAGAAACAGAUUACCGACGCCGGCCAUACGGUCAAAGUGUUGCCAAUUGUGGCCGACUUAAGUCGCGAGUUGGAUACCAUAGAUGUGGUCAACAAGACUAUUGAGGCGUUUGGAAAACUUGACAUUUUGGUCAACAGUGCCGGUAUUUUGACUAAAGGAACGGUAGAAAAUACGACACUACAGUCUUACGAUGAGCUCAUGAAUAUUAAUGUGCGAUCGGUUUUUCAUUUGAUGCAACUGUCGAUUCCUCACCUGAAGAAAACUAAGGGAUCAAUUGUCAAUGUGUCCAGUGUUACGGGGCUCCGGGCGUUCCCGGGAGUUGUGGCCUACAAUCUGAGCAAAGCUGCAUUGGAUCAGUUGACCAGAACGGCAGCUCUCGAGUUGGCCGCCGACGGUAUACGAGUUAAUGCUGUUAAUCCCGGUGUUAUUGUAACAGAAGUCCACAAGAGAGGCGGUAUGACUGAUGAUGACUAUGCAAAAUUCUUAGAGCACAGCAAGACUACACACGCCAUGGGACGGGUGGGCGAAGCUAUAGAAGUGGCCAAAGCCAUAGCGUUUUUGGCCUCCGACGACGCCUCCUAUACUACUGGUGCCACUUUGCCCGUAGAUGGCGGCCGCGCCCAGAUGUGUCCGCGUUAAAGACAUGAUAUAUAAUAUUACGCUUGAAUUAAUCAA